AUGAGAGUGUUGGUUCAUGUAAACAAUGCGAAACAAAGCGGAGAUGGUGCUAAUAAUAGUAAUGGUACUUUAAUAAAUUAUAAUAGUAAUAAUAAACUGUUUUUAGAAAUUCAUCCGAAUCAAUCAAUAUGGAUGAUUAAAACACUUUUAUUCAAUCUUUUUCAAAUACCACCAGCAAGACAACAAUUAUAUUUAAAAGUGGUUGAUGAAAUUAACCCAAGAGAAACUUCAAAAGCAUAUUCAAAAUUAUUACAAAGUUAUAGAUUAGUUAAAGAUUAUAAAAUAUAUGAAGGAACAGAAUUACAAAUGGUAGCAUUAGAGAAAGAGAUACCAUCAGAAUUUUUAGUACCACCAAAGAAAACUCAAUCUAAUAGUAUGGAGAAAUUACCACAUUUUACAAAUCUUAGUAUGAGUAGUAUGAGUAAUAUGGAUGAGAUAUUAAGUGGUAGUGGUGGUGGUCGUAUUCAUGUAUUAUCAAGUAAGAAAGGUGAAGAAUGUCCAGCAUUAUGUUUUGCAGUUGGUAAAGGAUUAUAUAGAGGUAUAUCAGGUGUCAUUUAUGAAAUUAAAUUAUAUAGAGUUGAUUCAAAGGGAAUGUUAAUUGUAAAUACAUCAUUAAAUUUUCAAAUUGAUGUAAUUAAAAAGGAUUCGAUAUCAGUGGAGGAUCGUAAAAUGGCCUUUACUUAUGAACAACGUAAAUCCGACUAUUCAUUACUUAAACUUCAACCAAUAAUCUAUGGCGAAUAUUCAAUAAGUAUAAAAAUUGAUGAUACACCAAUUUGUGGUUCACCAUUUCAUUGUACAAUCAUUGACGAAUUAAAUCCAAAUCUAAAGGAAUUAGCAUUCUCAAAUGAAUGGAUUGAAGAGGUUGUUCAAUUAAUUACUUUAAUGUCAAAUAAACCUUCAACAAUUGAUAAAUUAUUUUCAUUUGGUAUUGAAGGUUUAAUGAAUUUAAUGUUUUAUCCUGAUCCAACAAUUCAAAUACAUAUUAUUGGUAUAUUUGCAAAAUUAAUUGAAAAAGAUAAAAAUAAAGAAAGAGUUUUAAAAGAAUUUGGAAUGGAUUUUAUAUUUAAAUUAGUUUCAUUAGAUAAUUGGAGUAAUUUUAUGGAAUUAAGAAAAUUAGUUGCAAGUAGUUUAUGUAUUUUAUCGUGUUAUAAACCAUUUUUAAAUCGAUUUUUUAAAGAGGUUGGUAUAGAUGUAAUAUCAUUAAUUGCAAGAUCAGAUUUUAUAGAUUGUCCAAGAUCAUGUGCAAUCUUUUUAUCAAGAGUAUCAGAAAUUAGUUUUGAAUUGAAUGAAUAUUUAAUUUCUGAUUCAAUUAAAGAAACUUUAAUUUAUUUAUUAUCAAUUCAAGAUAAUAUAACUGUAAAUUGUACAUUAAAAACUAUUUCAAAUCUUUCAUCAAGUUUUGAUUUAAAAAAAGAAUCAAAUAUUAAAUUAUUAUCAAAUUUAUUAGAAUAUUGUAAAGAAUUUCAAGAGAUUUCAAAAAAAGUAUUAAUUUUUAAAUCAUUUUCAAAUUUUUGUGUUAAUGAAUCAUUGUGUACAUUUUUAAUUAGUAAUGGUAUAUUGGAUUUGAUAACGCCAACACAUGAUAAGAGUGGUUAUUUUGGAAUACCAAUGUUUUGUCAAUGGGAAUCAAAUACUAUUAAUUAUAUAAUUUCAAAUAAUAAUGAGAUUAAUCUGAAACAGUAUGGAUAUGAAUUUAAUCAAAUUUUCAAAGAGGAAACUGAUUAUGUAUUUUUCUUAUCAUUAACCAUUUCAAAUAUGUUGGUAUCAACUACAUCAUUGAAAAUACAUGAUCAUUUUAGUCGUGGCAAUGGCUUGAACCUAUUGAAACAGUUUAUAAUAUGUCAUGAAUGUUCUGUUAGAUCAGAAGCAUUUAGAUCAUUUAUGAUCAUAUCAAAUUCACCAAAUGAUCAAUGUAAGAAACAUCUAAUUCAAAGUGGUAUAAUACCCUAUUUGGUUUCAUCAUUAUUUGAUAGUUUAUCAGUUGAAACACCUUUUAUAGUUAAUACAUUGGCAAACCUUUGUAAAUAUGAUCCAACAUGUGUAGAGAAUAUGGGUGUAGAUGAUAUCGAUAAGUUCAUAGAAUUACUUCAUCGUGAUUCAACUUCAUCACUAUCAAAAUCAAUCUCUUACAUAUUAUCACAUCUAAUUAGACACGAUAAAUACAAACAAAGAAUAGUCAAUGGUGGUGGUAAAUUAUUUUUACAAUAUUUAAUAGAAUUCGUUAGACAAGGUGAAAUCAGUGUUUUAAAGUAUAUCUCUCAAUCGGAUUUAGAAUUAACCAAAGAGAUUGGUCGUGGUGUUAGUGGUGUUGUCAAACGUGGUAAAUGGAAAGGUUAUGAAAUCGCCGUCAAACAAUUCAAUGAGGAAGAGUUGGGUUUUAGUGAAAGAGAAUUUCAUAGUGAAGCAACUAUCAUGUCGGUUCUUCGUCAUGAUAAUAUCGUUCAUUGUGUUGGUGGUUCGGCUCAACCUGGUAAAAUGUAUUUGGUUUGUGACUAUUAUUCACGUGGUUCAUUAUAUAGUGUCAUUACUGCCAACAUAUGUCCACUAUCAAAUGCUCGUAUCGUUCAUUUAGCAUUACAAGUAGCUAAAGGUAUGAAUUAUCUUCAUUCACUAGGUAUCAUUCAUAGAGAUUUAAAACCUGGUAACCUAUUGAUAGAUCAAGAUUGGAAUAUUAGAAUAUCUGAUUUUGGACUCUCUAGAGUUGUCGAUAAUCGUAUGACAAAAACUGUUGGUACACCAUGUUAUAUGGCCGUUGAAGUGUUGAAAGGUUUAACCGAUUAUUCUCAACAAGCCGAUGUAUAUAGUUUUGCUUUUGUAUUAUGGGAAUGUAUAAGUCGUCAAAUACCAUACAAAGAUUUCGCUCAAAUUCAAUGGAUUUCAAUGGUAUUGGAAGACUCAUUCAGACCACCAAUACCCGAUAGUUGUUUACCAGAGUUUAGAGAUCUCAUUACAAUGUGUUGGACUUCAAACCCUGAUGAUCGUCCAUCUUUUCAACAAAUUAUUACUUAUUUAGAAAAUCUUAGAUUGAAAAUGCAAGAUCAAGGUAUCUAUCAAAUACUUACAGGUGGUAGCAGCGUUGGUAUUGGUGGUGUAGGAGUUGUUGGUGUUGGUAGUGGUGGUAAUUCUGAUGAACAUGAAUCAAACAUUGAUAUCGAUACAGUUAGUGGUUCAAAUAAUAAUGAGUCAUCAACUGCUGUCUCCUUAAAUGAAAAUAAAAUUAAUAUCGAUAUGUCAAUGCAUCCAACUGAGGAAUUAAAGAAUUUAGUUGAAGUUUCAAAAGAUGAUAACCCAACCAAUUCAGACUAUGAUAUUAGAUCAAGUUCAACUUCAUCUUCACCUUCAACUUUAUCUGCUCCUCAAAGUCCAGUCGGCUCAACUAGUCCAAUGGGUUCAACUUCAACCAGUCCAAUAUCAAAUAAUAACAAUAGACCCACUCAUGAUCAUCAACAACCUCAUCAAGUUAAAUGGGAAAGAAUUGUACCUGAUAAACCAAAUCCAAAUUUAAAAUCAAAAAGAUUAUCAGCAUUUAGAAAUAAAGCAGUACCAAUAUCAAUCACUGAUAAUAAUAACAAUAAUAACAGUGCUAAUAAUAAUAAUAAUAAUAAUAGUAUGAAAAAUAAUAGUAAUGCUUCAAGAAAUACUUUUUCAUCAGUAUCAUCACCAUCAUCAUCAGCUGAUUUAUCAAGUGGAAUUGAAAGUAGCAAUAAUAGGGAUGAUUCAUUUUUAUCAAGUGGUAGUUCAUUAUCAGAACAACACCGUAGUGUCAGUAAUAGUGUCAGUAAUAGUGUUGGCGGAUUUAGUUUACCACCACCCCCAUUAGCUCCUUCUUUUUAUGCUUCAAUGAUUAAUGAAAAGAUCUCUUCAUCAACACCUACAGAUAAUAAUAAUAAUAAUAAUAAUAAUAAUAAUAAUAAUAAUAAUAAUAAUAAUAAUAAUAAUAAUAAUAAUAAUAAUAAUAAUAAUAAUAAUAAUAAUAAUAAUAGUAAUAACAGCAUUAAUAAUAAUAAUAAUAAUGGUAUUGCUAUUAAUUAUACCAACAGUAUUAAUAAUAAUAAAAAUAGCAACAAUAAUACAAGUAAUACUAAAUAUCCAAUUUCAAAAUGUAAAUCAAAUCCUUCUUUUGAGGCUUUGAAAUCAAAGUUUGAUAAGGAUUAA